CACAAAUAAAGUUGUUCUUACUGGGAGGUGUCUUUAACGCCACCAACAUAACCCUCAUACAGCGCAUUUUUGCGUCCCAGUUGUGGUCCACCGCGGCAACUGGUUGAGUUUCUCCUUCCCAACGUUUAAUUACAUAUCCGCACAGAACCAGACCGGUGGACACGCUCUUCUGUUGGGCACACUUGCGCAAUUAGUUUUGGGGCUCCGUUGGCCGCGCUCUUGCCCGGAAAUGAGCGAGGUCAUGGAGAUGCAUUCCCGGGGCGCCAGGACUGCUGGGCGAGCGGCUAUGGCGACGAAUGUCACUGAGUCAAUGCGUCAGGAGCUGAAUACAGCAAUGGGCACGCUGGAGCUGGCUUCGCCGGACUUUUCUGACCCGCCCUCGCCACGCAGCGGGGCUCGCUCAAGCGGCGAGCACCAGCCGCGGCAGGCGCCGGCCGGAGACCAACAGAAUGGGGAUGCAGGCAGCAGGGAUGGACAGGAGCAGCGCUCGGCGGACCACUCGGCAGCGCAGGCGCGGUUGCAACUCGAGGCGGAGCCGCAACCGAACCAGCCAGCCCCAGGCGCCUGCCCUGGCCAAGCAGCACGCAGCGUGUACUUGUCAAUCGCGGAGUCGUUGGCCGGGCGCAAACACGCACGGGAGGAGGACGCAAGGCAGGCAGCGAUAGAGAAGGGCGCUUCCACGCCACCCCGGAGGCAGUCGUGUGAGGGCGACCGCGGCGCACAGCGGGUGGCGAAGAAGCUCGCGCCGAACGGCAACAUGGACCUCGCGGGCGUGGAGGCGGUGGACAUCCACGCCUCAGGCGCCUUGGACGAGUACCGCUUCAACAUGUUCAUGCGCGACCUCAUGGCGGAGAAGAAGACCGACAUCCUGUGCUGCAAAGGCGUGCUCAACAUGCAGGGCUAUGGAGACACGAAAUUCGUGUUCAAGGGGGCGCACGAGGCAAUCUGCUACGGCCCGGCAGAGCAGCCGUGGAAACCGGACGAGACGCGCUUCAGCCACGUGGUGUUCAUCGGGCGGGGGCUGGACAAGGAGGCGUUGAAGGAGGGGCUCAGCUCGUGCCUGUGGAAGCCGCCGCCGCCCGGCUGGGAGAAGAUCCGCGACGUUAACACGAAGCUGUCCUUCUAUGUCAAUAAGAAGACGGGCGAGAAGACGUGGGUGCGUCCUGAGGCGCCAGCAUAAAUGCACGGCAUCCAUGCCGCGCUGCCCCGUGCGUCACGCAGGCGCAGCGCUGCGUCUUGGGGGCUGCUGGGGUCACGCUGCGCCGUGGGAAGCGCACAAUGGUGCAUUUAAUUUUGCAAUGAAAGCACUGUCGCUGGAUUGCCUUGCCUUGCGGGAGCAAUGGAACACUGAUUACGAGUGGGGGAAAUGUGGGUGCGCGAGGAGUCGGACUCAAGGGCAGGGCGCAGCUUUUGAAGCCGGCCUCAUGGUCAGAGCAAUCCACCAGGUCACAGUACCAAAUGCUGGGAUGCGUUGCAUCUGCGCGCCUUCGAGUACGUGUGCUCUUCAGUCGGAUGCAGGACUACAUGUCUAUCAUGCCUUAUGCCUGACUAUAUGGACGCGUUCGCUCGUGGCUGCGAGGCGGCGGCUUUCCUUGUUAGUUUGCCGAGACGCGCGUUGCACUAAUGAGACGGGGUGGGGGGCUAGUGAUACGUGGCUGCUGUGGCUGCCUGGUGGCCUCCGAGCAGACCAUAGUACGUGCGUUGCUUCGUGGCAUAGCUAUAACAGCUUCCAUAGCUGUAUCAGACCAUGGGCAUGCUGAUAGCAGCACUGCAGGAAAGGGGGGCUGGUGCAGGGGCUCCCUUGGCUUGCCGUAAUGCCGGGUGCGGCGUGGCCGACCGGGCACUGAACUCUAAUUGGGGGGAAGGCGGACAAGCGCAACCGCGCAAGGAAAGGGGGAUGUGGUUUGGUUUGAAGCAAUAAAUCACUGAUGGCGGACUGGUCGCACGUCGUGGAGUGCUUUUGGUACUGGUUUCGUAUCUGGUCGUCGUAACAAGUGUGUCUGACAAGUUUUUGUAUUGUGUGUGUUUUCUGCAUCCGUAGCGUGUGAACGGCUGCAGCAUGGUGCGGAGCCGGCUGCACGUUAAAGUCUGCAGCGUGCAGAGGUAGGACGCCCGGACACAAGAUACACGUGCGCAGUUGCAGGGGUAAACACGCCGUGUUAACCCGAACCCGGCGAAUCCUGUCGAUCGUUGGGCGUACGCUGCGUUUUGGGUCUGGGACACGGGGAAGGAAGGAAUGAGAUGCCUGUGAAGCAAUGCAACUGCGGCAAGUGCGUACCGGAGUGGUGUCCAACUGUUCGUGCAUGCGUGCUUGCGUGCACAGAGUAGGGAAGUGAUUAUGAGGUGUUGACAUAGGAAAGCACGGGGGCAGGGAAGUGGUUUUCCUCCAAAGGAAAGUGGACUACUGCACACACCAUCCGUGGCCGGUUAUCCCCCAGAAUACCGGAGGAAGGACAAAGCGCAUGGUUUCAUUGGGGGGGGAUGCAGGAGCUGGCGCGAGCCACGGAUGGCCCUAAAACACCAUGCGGGCAUGUCGCACCCGUGGAUGGCACUGUAACUACCAGGCCUG